UUUCUGUGUGUGUUCACCAGUGAUACCAUUGAGGUUUUAAAAACGAGUGAGACCAGUCACUGGUUACGGUUCUUUAUUCGUGUCACUGGAGACCACUGUCGGGCAACGGAAUGCAUUGCGCAUUUCCCGAGUGCUAGAGUGUAUAGGUGGUGGUGGCUGCAUGAGAGCAAAUGAACGAAGUGUCUCAUGCACAACAACGCCUCAUUAUCCCCGAAGUUAAGACUUAGCUGGAGAAACAUUGACCCCCAAAUCGAUUUGGAUAUGUCGGUCCGCACGCGGACAGGAUUUUACCGUCAGGAGGUAAACAAAACGGCAUGGGAGGUUCCAGAGCGAUACCGUGAGCUAAAGCAGGUGGGGACUGGCGCGUAUGGGACAGUAUGUUCCGCCCAGGACCACAGGACUGGGGUGAGGGUGGCCAUCAAGAAGCUCCACAGACCCUUCCAGUCAAAGCUCUUCGCCAAGAGGGCCUACAGAGAGCUCCGGCUCCUCAAGCACAUGAAGCACGAAAAUGUGAUUGGGCUGCUGGAUGUGUUCACUUCUGAGAUCUCAUUGGACAGGUUUCAUGACUUUUACCUGGUAAUGCCACUCAUGGGUACUGAUCUGGGGAAACUGAUGAAGAUGGAGAGAUUGUCACAGGAGAGGGUGCAAUUCCUUGUCUAUCAAAUGCUGAAAGGACUCAAGUAUAUCCACUCUGCAGGGAUCAUCCACAGGGAUCUCAAACCUGGAAAUUUAUCUGUCAACGAAGACUGUGAGCUGAAGAUCCUUGACUUCGGGCUGGCUCGGCAGACGGACACAGAGAUGACUGGGUACGUCGUCACUCGCUGGUACAGAGCUCCCGAGGUAAUCCUCAAUUGGAUGCACUAUACCCAGACUGUGGAUAUCUGGUCGGUGGGCUGCAUCAUGGCGGAGAUGUUGCUGGGGAAGCCGCUGUUCAAAGGAAAUGACCACCUGGACCAACUGAAAGAGAUCAUGAAGAUUACUGGUACACCCACUGCAGACUUUGUUACGAAGCUACAAAGCCAAGAUGCCAAAAACUACAUACGGAGCCUUCCCAAAGUACUAAAGAAAGAUUUGCACUUUCUUUUUUCCAAAGCUAGCUCAGACGCGGUGUGUGUGCUGGAGCGCAUGCUGUUGCUGGACCCUGAGAGGCGGGUGAGUGCGUCGGAGGCGCUGGCCAUGCCCUUUUUCAGCGAGUUCAGAGAACCAGAGGAGGAGACUGAGGCCCAGCCCUACGAUCACUCCAUGGACAACACAGACCUGCUCCUGGAGCAGUGGAAACGUCACACAUUCACAGAGAUUCUGUCCUUCAGGCCUGCAGCAACAGAGACCAAGGACCACAAAGAGACAUCACUCUGAGAGUACACACAUACCUCUCAAUACCUGUCAAUGAUGAUUAUAAGGCAUUGUUGUAUUGUUGUACAGAUGUAAUGCGAAUCCAAUGUACAGAAUGUAGUUUAUUGAUUAUAAAUUGAUUUUUUUGACAAACAUUUUUGAAGAUAUUGUCAGUCUUGUGUAAUUGUGGAACUACUGUAACAGCCAACCAAUGAGCCCCUGGGAAAGAAAUGAUUACUUGCUUCCCCGUAAACCAUGAGAAUGACUGUAAGCUAAGACAUCAAAUGUUCAUCAAUAAAAGGCCACUCUAAAAUGAUCAGUUUUGGCUGAGCUCCCUGCCCAAUCAUGUGAGAUCCAUAGAUUAGGGCCUAAUGGAUUUCAAUUGACUGAUUUCCUUAACUGUAACUCAGUUGUUGAAAUUGUUGCAGGUUGCAUGUUUGUUCAGUAUAACGUGAAUUGACUGAAAUAUUUUUUAGACUACAAUACACCUGCUCAAACACUGGAAUUACCCACGUACGUGGCCUAAGGUCCAGCAAGGACAAAGAUCACCUCUGUCUAUAAAUGGAGCACCAACCUUGCUGAUUUUAGUUUGGGCCCCUCAAAAGCCAUGACGAGAGCCAACGUCUUUAUUCUGCUUCUUGCUGGUGUGUUGGUCAACGGAAAAGGUAUGCUUUAUGUUACAUACCUCCGCUGGCAGAACAGCUAUGACCAGCCUUUGGAUUUUAAUUGCCCAUCAGGACAAUCCAUCUCUCGCAUAGUGAGUGAGCAUGACAACAAAUAUGAAGACCGUCUCUGGGACUUUGGGUGCAAAGCCACGUUUGACUCAGCAACUAACUGCUUCACAUCCUCCUACGUAAAUGACUUCGACAAACCUUUCAACUACCAAUGCCCAAGC